CAUAAGGCUUCCGUUUCCGCUUGCCGCUCUGAUUCAUUCGACGCCAGCGCGAUUCGAGCCCCCCUCCCACUCACCGCGUCCCCAAAGACACUCUUGUUGCUCGUCAUCGUCCAUUUUCAUUUUGGGGGAUUAACGUCGCGCGCCUGAAUCCCCUGUUGCCCCUGUUGCCCUUUUCAUUGAUGAUGACUCGGACUGGCGGCAAGAAGGCUCACGCGGGUCGGCAGCGUCGCUCGCGCGCAUGGUCGAGCCCAGUCACCAUGCCAGCCGUGGCUCUUGCAGUCGUCGUGAUGAUGCUGGCCUGCUCGCAAACGAUGGCCGUCAAGGGCCCCAGCGUCCGCGGAGGAAGCCCUGCGGCCAUGCUCGGUGCGACGCAGACCGGCAGCAGCGAGACUCAUGGCGCGGCUACGUCCGUUGCUGCUGCGCUCGCCCAGGCCCUUCCAACAACGACAAUCCACACUGGCACGAACAACUGCACGGGCAUCCGGCUGGACAUGCCGGGCGUGCUGCUCUCGGGUGUCGCCUUCUCCAUCAAUGUGACUCUGCCGCCUUACCUGGAGGGCAACCAGAUGUGGCCAAUCGCGCUGCCAUAUUUGCUCGUCGAUGUCACUCAGAACGAGAUCUUGGACAAUGGCACCUUCAUCACGAUGGACGCGUCCCAGUCCGCCCGCAUUGUGCUGCAGUUUGAGCUCGACGGGAUUGUUGUGUCUGGAAACGGCGGCAAGACCUUGCAUCUGAUUGUCGACCAGUGUGCGCCCGUGCCGGUCAAGCGCAACACGAUUCCCGACUGGGCAUCGCUCUUCCCCACGAUUUUGUGCAUCAUCUUGGCCGUGGCGCUGAGGCAGGUUUUGUGCGCCCUGCUGCUCGGCACUUGGCUUGGCGCCUUCUUCAUCGAGUCGUACAACCCGCUGAAUGCAACCCUGCGCACCGUCGAUCACUACAUUCUCCAGACGUUCGUUUCAACCUCCCACGCGGGCAUCAUCCUGUUCACCUUCCAGCUCGGUGGCUUGAUUGGGCUCGUGCAAAAGAGCGGCGGCGCUCUUGGCCUCUCGCGCGUGUUUAAGCGCAUUACCACCACGCCGCUCCGAGCCUGCCUCGCCUCCUUUUUUCUCUCGCUCAUGAUCUUCUUCGACGACUACAGCUCCAUUCUGAUUGUGGGCAGCUCGUUGCGCACCGUGCUCGAGUCGCUGCACGUUCCGCGCGAAAAGUUUGCCUUUCUCGUUCAUAGCAUGGGACCCGCACUCACCAGCAUGUCGCCCGUGUCCAGCUGGAUUGCAGUGCAACUUGGCUACAUUACGUCUUCGUUUGCCGGCUCGCAUGUCUCGGUCGACGCGUUUGUCAUGUACCUCGAGUCCAUUCCGUACCGCGCCUUCCCCAUCUUGAUGAUUGUCUUUGUCUUUCUCGUGAUUGUGACACAGCGCGACUUUGGACCCAUGCUUCGAGCACGUCCGCACGCCCAGGGCUUGCUCCUGUCCGACCGCGGGGCCGAACCGCUGACCGAGCCGGUUGGCGGUGGACGCGGGCGGUCGUACAGCUCUGCCAGUUACGUGCCAAUCGAGCCCCACAACCCACUGAGCCCCAAGGAUUCGACGCCGCUUCGCUGGUUUAACGCAGCCAUCCCGUUCGUUGCUGUGAUUGUCUUGACGUUCGUCGGCAUGUACCUGAGUGGCCUGAACACGAUCGACCAUAUGCCUGCCAGCGAUCGGCCUCCAACCACUGCCGAAAACAUUUUCUCGAACGCAGACAGCAUGGACGCGCUGAUUUGGAGCUCGCUUGCUGGAGUGAUGAUUUCGCUGAUUUUGGUGUUGGUUCAAUGCAUUUUGAACCUGUCGGAAUCGCUUCAGGCUAUCAUCUGUGGUGUCCGUGAAGUUGUCGAGCCCACCAUGAUCUUGGUCCUGGCCUGGGCCCUUGGCGAUGUCAUCAAUCAGUUGCAGACAGGCAGGUACUUGUCGCAGCUGAUUGGCACUGGCAUUAAUCCCAUCUACUUGCCCACGAUUGUCGUGUUGGUGGCCUACCUGAUGUCGUACGCGACGGGCACCUCGUUCGGCAGUAUGGGAAUCUUGUUCCCGCUCGUCAUCCCGAUUGUGUGCGAGUUGACGACAAGCGACGACUUGCGCACACAAACCGCGGCCGCCAUUAUGGGCGGCUGCGUGUUUGGCAAUGUCGCGUCGCCGAUUGCCGAUAACACUAUUCUCUCCACCAUCGCCACAUCGUGCGAUCUCAAUGCGCACAUCAAGACUCAAACUCCGUACGUGCUGCUCGUGGGCGCCGUUUCGGUCUUGCUCUGCACGCUCCCUGUCGGCAUGGGCGCCUAUCCAGUCUAUGUCGGUCUGCCUCUUGCCACGCUGGUCCUCCUUGCCAUUCUCCUCGUUUUCGGCGCGACCGAUAACGAGUCCGAUUCGCUCUUCGACCGGGUCGUGUGCACGCGCCUCUUGGGGCGAUCCAGCAAAAUUCGCUACCGCUCCGUGACGGCCUUGCCAGAUCCCAUGGAUGAACCAUCCGACCCCAUGCCCACCCGCCGCCGUCCAUGGUGGUCUUCACUCCGCUUUUGGCAGCGCGAGCCCAGCAGCAAGCCAAGAAGCCAAGGGUAUGAAGCGAUCAAUUGAUUUUUUUCAUUUUUUCAUAAGUUUCGGUGUGUACUUUUAUUUGGUUUUGCACCAAUGUGAUCGUUUGAAUACAGUACUGGCCUG